AUGUCCAGCACUUGGCAGCAAAAAACGCCUUGUGGCGUAAUCACCGCCAUUUGGAAUCACAUCUGCUCAAAUCCAUUUGGCGGAAUAGAACACACGCGUUUAGUGAAACUGAUUAGUAAAUCGUUAAAUCUAGAAGAACAGGAACUGGCCGAACAGCACAUCAAAACAGCCGUGGAAGAUGGGCUCAUAGUGGUGAUCGUUCGUGCAAAACAGCGCGGCAAGCGCCAGUCCAGCACUCAUUACACGUUUCCAAAAUGGCACACAAUGCUCGACCAGCAGCCGGACAAAUGUUGUUACGAGUGUCACAACACUGGAAACGUGGAAAAGUGCGAAGGUUGCAUGAGAAGUUUCCACGAGGGGUGCGUAAAAUCUAUGGACGAAAAACACCACGAGCUAAGCCUGUUUGUGUCUAAGGAAAAACGAAUCAUUAUAUCAGCGUCCGAGCAGCGACCAACAACCCCACGAGCACAGAGACGCAACUCCACCGUAUCGGUUACCACCAUGGCCGAAAGUAUUGUUUGGCCGGUAGAUUUAGAGCAGGAUGACGACGACUCGAUUGAAAUCAUGGACGAAGAAAUAGCCGGAGUUGGAAUUAAGCAUGAGGCAAUGAGUCUGGAUUCCUCUUAUCAGAGUGUGAAGGUGGAGGACGAUGUCAAGGAAGGACUGCUGGUGGAUUAUCCCACGUUUGUGGGAAUUAUCCGACCGCCGAAUCGACGGCUCGAAAGAAUGCUUAACACAACAACAAUUAAACCGGAAGAGCCUGAGUCUGACAGUGACGACCAGGCCGCACAGGCUGAAGAAAAUGAAUUGCUGAUGAAACGAUACUGCUAUGCCUGCCAAGUGCUCAAGAACAGUUCCAACAACGUCUCUCCGAAUGUCGGAAAGCGAGAAUUAAAUUAUCUUUUAAGCUUUGUUGUUGAACAAUACAAAUCUUGGCUACCGAAGAAUACUUUUGCUCCCACCAAACUUUUCAGGGAUAAGGUACCAAAAUCGCUGCUCACAAUCAAAGCAAUAGACAUUUGCAAAAAGGUGUUGCUCCGUACCCCAACAUCGCUAGCAGAUGUUCAAGAAAAGGUGGCAAAUAAUUAUUACAGUUCCCUAGAAGAGUUUCAUGUGGAUUUGUUGGACAUAGCUCAUAACAUAGGCAUCAUUCAUGGAGUGAACUCACUAGACUACAGUGCGGCCAUGUAUUUGCUUGCUGAUUGUGUUUACGAACUACGGGAAAUACGCCAGUGUCCCGACUGUUACCGUCACUCGACGGAAAAAGUGCAACCAGAUUGGUUUACGCGGCCAUGCCGUACCCGACAUGAGGUGGUAUUUGCCAAGCUAAAAAGCUUCCCAUAUUGGCCUGCGAAAGUGGUCCGAGUCACGAACGAUCGGUACGAUGUGCGAUUCUUUGGCGAUAAGCAUAUGCGAGCGUUAGUAAAUGCAAAGUGCGUUCGCCCCAUUGAUACCGACUUACGCACCCUCCGGGUGAACACUAACUAUCGUGGCUUUCAGCAAGCCAUGGCCGAAAUGCUUCAGUAUCAAUCGCUAUCCGAAGGCGCAAGAGAACACUAUUCCUUUCCUUCCGUAAUGGAGCAAAUGGAACGGGCACGGACUUCACGUGAGCCUGCGAUGGAAAGUUCAGUUCCACCGGUAUCGUGUGGUGAACCAGUCGCUAACGGUAGCAUCACGUCGAGACUGGUGACAAGAAAACGCAACAAUCAAAUUCCGCAACCUGGCGGGGUGAAUCUUCAGAAGCAGAGGAAACUGUUAGACCGCCUUACAAAUCCGAUGGAAUUGAGAGCGAAAGCUUUAAAAUUACUGCAGGAAGCGGAGGAAAAAUGGUCCCGCAACCUCGAGGAGCUUAAGGAAAAGCACCGUACUGAAAUAAGUAACCUAAAAAAGAAACAAUGGUGUGCCAUGUGUGAGAAAGAGGCCAGAAUUCAGUGCUGUUGGAACACAUCCUACUGUACGACAGCUUGCCAGAAAAGUCACUUGACACAACAUCAAAAACGACAUCAGGCGGGAAACCGGUACCAUCGGCUGCGUUCCGUUUCCCCAACAAAGCAGAGUAGCUAA